AUGCACACUGUCCCGCGUCGUGCAGUGCACGCCAUGCACACUGUCCUGCGUCGUGCAGUGCACGCCAUGCACACUGUCCCACGUCGUGCAGUGCACGCCAUGCACACUGUCCCGCGUCGUGCAGUGCACGCCAUGCACACUGUCCCGCGUCGUGCAGUGCACGCCAUGCACACUGUCCCGCGUCGAGCAGUGCACGCCAUGCACACGGUCCCACGUCGUGCAGUGCACGCCAUGCACACUGUCCCGCGUCGUGCAGUGCACGCCAUGCACACUGUCCCGCGUCGUGCAGUGCACGCCAUGCACACUGUCCCGCGUCGAGCAGUGCACGCCAUGCACACUGUCCCACGUCGUGCACUGCACGCCAUGCACACUGUCCCACGUCGAGCAGUGCACGCCAUGCACACUGUCCCACGUCAUGCAGUGCGUUCACCUCCACACGUUUCAAACAAAUACGUCUCGUUCUUCCGUGAAUGCUUGGUGGGCUUGCUUUGCCUUGCCGCCAUCGCUCUGCUGUGCCUGCGCUGCGCCCGUGCUGCAGACCCUUGGGAUUCCACACGUGUGGGCGUCGUUUGUGUGGCUCUGCGGUCCCAUCUCUGGCCUUCUGUCGCCCUGGGGCCUGGGGCAACUUCUGUGCAACCCCUGGUGGGCGUGUGGAGUGACUCGUGCCGCUCGCCCUGGGGCAGGAGACGCCCUUUCAUCUUCACUGGAGCACUGCUAGUCAUGGCUGCUGUGUUGAUAAUUGGCUUCAGUGCGGACCUAGGGUACCUUCUAGGGGACGAUCUCCAUCCUCAAGGCGGCACUCGCCCCAUGGCGUGCGCUCUCUUUGUCUUGGGUUUCUGGUGUUUGGACCUCAGUAACAACACUGUGCAGGCCCCUGCGCGGGCUCUUGUCGCCGAUUUAACAGCGCCCAGCAGUCAGCUGGAUGCAGCCAACGCGUGGUACUCCUUCUGGAUGGCUGUGGGCAGCGUGAUGGGCUACUCCACAGGCGCCAUAGGCCAAUGGUACAUGCACCUCAAAGGCCAACGUGUGAUGGUUCCCUGUCCUCACCAGCGAUGCCUGUGGGGAGCCCUGUGCCAACCUCAAGGCCGCCUUCCUGCUAGCCAUUGUGCGCCCGCUCUCUCCCUCCUCUUCCUGAAUUUCUAUCUCUGCUUCACCCUCUUCCUCUUCCUUUGCUCCCUCCUCUUCCUCUAUUUCUUUUUCCUCUUCACCCUCUUCUUCUUCCUUUUCUCCCUCCUCUUCUUCCUUUUCCCUCUCCGCCUCUUCUUCCUCUUUUCUCCCUCUCCCUCCGCUCGCUCUUCCUCUCGUUCUUCCCCGCCCCUCUUCUUCUUCCUCCCUCCUCAUGCCCUUACGCCAUGCUCGCUCUUUCUCCAUGCUCGCUCUUACUCCAUGCUCGCUCUUACUCCAUGCUCGCUCUUACUCCAUGCUCGCUCUUACUCCAUGCUCGCUCUUACUCCAUGCUCGCUCUUACACCAUGCUCGCUCUUACACCAUGCUCGCUCUUACUCCAUGCUCGCUCUUACACCAUGCUCGCUCUUACUCCAUGCUCGCUCUUACUCCAUGCUCGCUCUUACUCCAUGCUCGCUCUUACUCCAUGCUCGCUCUUACUCCAUGCUCGCUCUUACUCCAUGCUCGCUCUUACACCAUGCUCGCUCUUACUCCAUGCUCGCUCUUACACCAUGCUCGCUCUUACUCCAUGCUCGCUCUUACUCCAUGCUCGCUCUUACUCCAUGCUCGCUCUUACUCCAUGCUUGCUCUUACACCAUGCUCGCUCUUACACCAUGCUCGCUCUUACUCCAUGCUCGCUCUUACACCAUGCUCGCUCUUACUCCAUGCUCACUCUUACUCCAUGCUCGCUCUUACUCCAUGCUCGCUCUUACUCCAUGCUCGCUCUUACACCAUGCUCGCUCUUACUCCAUGCUCGCUCUUACUCCAUGCUCGCUCUUACUCCAUGCUCGCUCUUACUCCAUGCUCGCUCUUACUCCAUGCUCGCUCUUACUCCAUGCUCGCUCUUACUCCAUGCUCGCUCUUACUCCAUGCUCGCUCUUACUCCAUGCUCGCUCUUACACCAUGCUCGCUCUUACUCCAUGCUCGCUCUUACACCAUGCUCGCUCUUACUCCAUGCUCGCUCUUACUCCAUGCUCGCUCUUACUCCAUGCUCGCUCUUACUCCAUGCUCGCUCUUACUCCAUGCUCGCUCUUACUCCAUGCUCGCUCUUACUCCAUGCUCGCUCUUACACCAUGCUCGCUCUUACUCCAUGCUCGCUCUUACUCCAUGCUCGCUCUUACUCCAUGCUCGCUCUUACUCCAUGCUCGCUCUUACUCCUGCUGUGCCACAUGUCACCUGCUGUGCCACAUUCCCCCUUCCUCCCUCAAAUCGCCACCACCACCUUCACUUCACGCUCCCAAUUCUCUACCCGUUUGCACUCUUCUGCCCUCCUUUCCUCGUGCUUUCCCACCCCACCGUCACUUCCUUCCCCCACGCAUAG